AUGAACGCCAUCGUGAACAUGGCAAGAUCCCAACCUGGAGUGAGUUGUGAGGCCACGGAAGACAUGGAAAAGUUUGAGAAGGAAGGAGAAGCAGUUGAAGGAGGUAAGUUGGGAAGAGUUAACGGAGGAAUGAGUGUUGGUGGAGGGGAAGAACUAACCGUUCAAAAUGUUACCAGGAGACUUAACAAGUUGGCAGCUACCGGGGUGUCUGUCACACCGACCACCAAAAAAGUCAACACCAGAUCAUUAUUCCUGCUCAGUGAAGACAACACGAUAAGGAAGUGGGCUCAGAUGACCAUUGAGUGGGGAUAUCCUUUUUUUCCUCAUUCAGUUUUUUAA